CCGCAGGUAACAGGUGACACCUGACAGCGUCUCUGCGACUGCAACGCGCCGAGUCCGGAGACGAGAUUGCGUGCAAAUCUGUCCUCAGCAUUUAGUGAGGCUGUUUAUUUAUCAAAGAACAGUUGUCUGAAAGACUACCAGUAACUUAAUUGGACGUGUCGCGAAACUAAAACAUCUGUUCCUGGAAAUCAAAAGUUGACCGUUUUGCGCAAAAAAAAAUUUUUUUUUACGGCAGUGCUAUUCGCUUUCAGGUGACAUUUGAAGGAAGACAGUUUUCUAUAAGUGGAUUAAGUAUAGCUGCAUUUCAGUGAUUUCUAAAUAUAGGAUGAUGGAAGGAACUACACAGUAAAGAACCACCGAAAAUCUCGAUAGACGUCUGCUUCACGCUAACGAGAUGGGGAAAUGGGAGUUAACGAUGGACCCCGUGCAGGAGUGGGGGGAGGAGGUGGAGGACGGGGCGGUGUUUGGGAUAACUCUGCGGCGGGAGCCGGUGGCGGCCCCCGCGGACCCGGCCGAGACGCAGACGGACCUGGGCUUCGUGCAGUACCGCACCUGCAAGGUCCGCAGGCUGAAGGCCGCCACCCUGCCCCGUCUCCUGUCGCACCUGCUGGACCCGGAGAGCCAGGAGACGGACUACGCCCAGGUCUUCCUCUCCAUGUACCGGGCCUUCACCACCACCAACGCCCUCGUCAAGCUGCUCUUCCAGAGGGAUGAAGAGUUGUCUAAGGUAGACAACAGCCAGUGUCAGAAUAGCGCCCUGUCGUCUCUCAUCCUGGCCUGGCUGGAGAAGCACGGCGAGGCGUUUCGGGAGCCCCCUCAGCACCCCUCCCUGCGCCUCCUGUCCUUCCACCUGCGGAGGAACCUGGCAUACCGCCGCCUGGCCCAGCCGGCCGACGCCCUGCUCAAGAGGUUCAAGCAGGAAGCAACCAAUUCUCAGGACCAGGCUGCAUCCACACAGCGGACGGGAGAGGAAGAGGAGUCUGAGGAUGAAGGCUUGUGGUGCAAGUGCAUAGACGAAGCAACGGAAUUCCUGGACUUCCCUGUGGCUGAUGUCGCAGAGGAGCUCACUCGAUUGGACGCUGAGCUCUUCCGUAACGUGGUCCCGUUCCAGUGCCUGGGGUGCCUGUGGUCGCAGCGGGACAAGAACGAGAGCCUGUCCCCCAGCGUGAGGGCCACCAUCGCCCAAUUCAACGCCAUCACCAACCGCGUCAUCACCUCCCUCCUGUACCGGCCCGUCCGGAACCUGGCCCCGCCCUCGCCCCGCGGCCCCGCCUCCGGCCCCGCCCACAGGGCCCGCAUCAUCGAGAGGUGGAUCGUGGUCGCGCAGGAGUGCCGGCGGCUGAAGAACUUCUCCUCCCUGAAGGCCAUCCUGUCGGCUCUGCAGUCCAACGCCAUCUAUCGACUGCGCAAGACGUGGGCAGCUGUCAGCAGGGACAGCAUGGCCGCCUUCGACCACCUGUGUGAGACCUUCCCCGAUGAGAACUGUGUGCUCACCAGCCGGGAGAUCCUGCUGGAGGAGGGGAGCCAGCCUGCCAUGGACAGUUUGUCCCCAAAACUUCCCCGACGCUGUCCCAUCUCUCAGCCACAGAGCUGCAGUGGGGGCGUGGUGCCGUAUUUAGGAACGUACCUGACGGUCCUCACCAUGCUGGACACUGCACUGCCCGACACCACGGAGGGUGGCCUCAUUAACUUUGAGAAGCGGAGGAGGGAGUUUGAGAUCCUGUCGCAGAUCGAGCAGCUCCAGAGUUCCUGUUCCCAGUACAGUCUGACGCCUCGCCCCGACAUCACCUCCUGGAUGCUGGGGCCAAAGACCCUGAGCGACCAGGAGAGUUAUGAGCGCUCCCGUGAGCUGGAGCCCCCUGUGGACUCCUGUCCCAGCUCCCCCGUCACCUGGAGCCAGCGGCUGCUCAACAGGAAGCUCGCAUCGUUACUGGCAGUCAGCGAUGGAUCCAGCAGGAAAACGCACUCAGACCAGAUCAGCUUGUCGUCUUCAGGAUCCAGCGGAUCUGAAAUGGAGGAUCUCAGUACCUCCAACUCCUCCCCCCUCAAUCUGAAGUCGCUGUCCAGCUCCUGUCACAACAUGGCGGAGACCUUCUCCCCCACGCCGCCCCAAUGCUCCUCCCCCACCGUCAGGUCCGCCCACAACUCUCAGCUCGACCUAUCGGGGGCCUCGCCGCGGCCCGUCCGCCGCGCCCUCAGCCCCGCCACUCAGCACAAGCGCUCCGUCUCCAUGGUGACGCUGCCCGUGUACAACCGGCAGGUGGACGACUCCUGCAUCGUCAGGGUUACCGUGGAGCACGCCAACAACUGCAACAUGUACAAGAGCAUCCUGCUGACCAGUCAGGAUAAGACGGCCCAGGUGAUACAGAGGGCUCUGGAGAAGCAUAGCUUGGAGGAUUGUGACGGCCAGGACUUCACCCUGAGCCAGUUGCUGCCGCAGGACAAAGAGCUGCUCAUUCCAGACAAAGCCAACGUCUUCUACGCCAUGUCUACCACGGCG